GGACCCCAAUCUCUGGACUGUCAAAUGCAAGAUCGGCGAGGAGCGCGCCACGGCCAUCGCCCUCAUGCGCAAAUUCAUCGCCUACCAGUACACGGAGACGCCGCUGCAGAUCAAGUCGGUGGUGGCCCCCGAGCACGUCAGGGGGUACCUGUACGUGGAGGCCUACAAGCAGACCCACGUGAAGCAGGCCAUCGAGGGCGUGGGCAACCUGCGCCUGGGCUACUGGAACCAGCAGAUGGUGCCCAUCAAGGAGAUGACCGACGUGCUCAAGGUGGUCAAGGAGGUCACCAACCUCAAACCCAAGGCCUGGGUGCGCCUCAAGAGGGGCAUCUACAAGGAUGACAUCGCCCAGGUGGAUUACGUGGAGCCCAGCCAGAACCAGAUCUCCCUGAAGAUGAUCCCCAGGAUCGACUUCGACCGGAUCAAAGCGCGGAUGAGCCUGGUGAGGGGGAGGGGCUGGGAGCGGAUCCCAGGGCAGUGGAUCACCUGGGACCCCCCAAGACCCCCGGGAGCCCCGGUGUCACCGCGGUGUCCCCGCAGCUCCCUGGGCGGGGACGUGGCCUCCGACGGCGACUUCCUGAUCUUCGAGGGCAACCGCUACAGCCGCAAGGGCUUCCUGUUCAAGAGCUUCGCCAUGUCGGCCGUGAUCACGGAGGGCGUCAAGCCCACCCUGUCCGAGCUGGAGAAAUUCGAGGACCAACCCGAGGGCAUCGACCUGGAGGUGGUGACCGAGAGCACAGGGAAGGAGCGGGAGCACAACUUCCAGCCGGGGGACAACGUGGAGGUGUGCGAGGGGGAGCUGAUCAACCUGCAGGGCAAAAUCCUCAGCGUGGACGGCAACAAGAUCACCAUCAUGCCCAAGCACGAGGACCUCAAGGACAUGCUGGAGUUCCCGGCGCAGGAGCUGAGGAAGUACUUCAGGAUGGGCGACCACGUGAAGGUGAUCGCCGGGCGCUUCGAGGGGGACACCGGGCUCAUCGUCAGGGUGGAGGAGAACUUCGUGAUCCUGUUCUCUGACCUGACCAUGCACGAGCUGAAGGUGCUGCCCCGGGACCUGCAGCUCUGCUCCGAGACGGCCUCGGGGGUGGACGUGGGGGGGCAGCACGAGUGGGGGGAGCUGGUGCAGCUGGACCCCCAAACCGUGGGGGUGAUCGUGCGCCUGGAGCGGGAAACCUUCCAGGUGCUGAAC